AUGGGACUCACAGUCAUGGAUCAGCCAGGCUCUCUCGCCUUUCAUCCGUCCACAUGUAGUACCGAGCGCGAGAGAAUCCGGGAAUUAUCUAGGUACUAUUGUGCCUUAGAUCGCCCACUGUCACUGUCGACCCCAACAACCGACGAUGAGGGGCUCGAAUCAGCUCAGGAUAUUUCAGGGGGGGACGAGCAGCCGUCGAUGGGUAAUCUUUCUACCGAUAUCACGUUGACGGCGCUGGCGCAGCUGGGAGUACAUCGAUUAGCAUGCAAUCGGUCUUUUGUGUCGAUAAUUGACGGUGGUAAUCAACACAUUAUCGCGGAAGCUACAGCAUCAAUUUCCUUGUGCGAUAAGAACAAGCACUUACCGAACGAUGGAAUUUAUCUUGGGGCGCGAAGUCUGGAUCUAACGUUCGGGGUCUGCCCACAUGCAAUCAGCUUGUUUACUGGAAGAGACACGACCCGCGCCAUCAACACCGACAAUAUCACUGCCAAUCGUACUCGCUACAUUAUUCGAGAUCUCAAGCAGGAGGAGCUUUUCAAAGAUCGGCCAUUCGUUCGGGCAUGGCCAUAUAUGCGAUUCUAUGCGGAGGUACCGUUGUACAGCCCCUCCGGCUUCGUCCUCGGAUCCUACUGCGUGAUUGAUGAUAAGCCCCGGGUGGAAUUUGGAGAAGAUGAUGUGAACACACUGAGAGAGGUUGCCGAUGCUGUGGCACGGCAUUUAGAGCAUGUUCGCAUAGUCCACUGUCACCGUCGAUCUGAGCGUCUGAUCAAGGGAUUGACCAAUUUCGUUAAAGACCAUGCAGACUUUGACCCGCGCGAAGUAUCCAAUGAUCACCGACUCGAAGCAAUGGCCGUCGCAUCCAAUGUGAAUACCUCGACUCCAGAUGAGAAACCGGGGCCUAUUGAAUCCACGUUGAACCAGCAGUUCGGCUUUGUGACGUCCUCCUCCACCAGCCUUUCAGAAGAGCCCUCUUCAUUGUUCUUUACGGGUCCUGCAUCGGGGCCGACCGAGCCGUCAUCUCUCAACUCCAACGUUUCCGACCGUCGGUCUUCUCCCGGCGAAGAGAAGUCCAUUGAUGAGGUUCUCAAAGCCGGUCCCCAGCCAUUGGAGGAGGUAUCGAACAAUGCCUCUCAACUUUCUCUGGCGGAGAGCACGUCAUUGGGGGAACGUAUCGAGCGUAUCUUCGAGAGAGCCAGUGUGUUGCUGAGGAAGUCCAUGGACCUUGAUGGCGUAGUCUUCCUCGACGCAGCUCGUAGUAAUCCUUCAUUAAGCUUGCCUCCAGAUGAUCAGCCUGGCUGGGAGCCAUUGCCCAAGACCGUUGUACCCGAGUUUCCCAUUGCGCCGUAUCCCAGUCCCUUGGGACGUUCUCCGACGUCUUCCAAAAAGUCAGAGCUGUGCUGCGACGUUUUGAGCAAGUCAUUGAAAGUUAGAAAAGGCGAGACUCUCGAUUCAAAGGCCGACAUCACUUUCCGGGAGGAUCUUCUGAACUUGCUGGUUACUUCGUUCCCACAAGGUCAAAUCUUCAACCUGGACGAUUCUGUGGAUAGUGAUGAUUACUUGUCCUACGAAUCGGGGCUGAAUGAUUCUGAGACUCAACACAAACUUAUGCAAAUGGCCACACGACAGCUCAGCCAGAUCCUACCUGCUGCCAAUUCGGUUCUGUUCUUCCCAUUGUGGGAUCAUAACAAAUCUCGUUGGAUGGCAGGCACGCUUGUCUGGACGCAAGAUAAUCACCGAGCUCUGGGAAUUGAGGAACUUCACUAUUUCAAGAUCUUCGGUGACUCGAUUGUCUCUGAGGUCUCCCGGGCGCACUGGGCGACAACCGAGAAGUCCAAGUUCGAUUUUAUCUCUUCAAUUAGCCAUGAACUUCGAUCGCCGCUCCACGGAAUUCUGGCUAGUGCGGAACUGUUACAGGCGACGUCUCUUGAGCCAGCGCAAGAGGAAAUGGUCAAGAUGAUUGAGGCUUCCGGGUUGACUUUGUUGGAUACCACUGAUCAUUUGCUCGAAUUCUGCAAGAUCAAUAACCUGACUCAAGUCAAGAGAUCACGAAAGAAGAAGACUAACAGCGAAGAGUCUAGCCUGGUCUCUGACUUCCAUCUGGGACAACUAGUUGAAGAGGUUGCCGACAUCUUGUAUACCGGGCAGAAUGCCUCCGAGAUCGUGUCCCAGACUGUUCAGGCAUCUUCACCGGAGCGUGCGCAGGCUGGUCUAUUCUCGAAUGACAUGACGGAGGAUAUGUCUGUGAUUAUUCGAAUUGAACAGCGCAACUCUUGGCUCAUUCGAUCCUUGCCUGGCGCAUGGCGGAGAAUCGUGAUGAACCUUCUUGGCAACGCUAUCAAAUGGACCAAGUCGGGAUUUGUCGAAGUAUCUUUAUCAAGAAUGCGGAAUCCAAUUGAGCCGCGUACUCCGAUUGCGCACUUGUCAAUCACCGACACCGGCAGCGGUAUUGCGCCUGACUUCCUUCGACACAAGCUUUUCUCUCCGUUUUCCCAAGAAGACUCCCUCUCGGAAGGUGUUGGACUUGGCCUCAGCAUCGUUCGUCAGCUGGUUGCUUCCUUCAAUGGCCACGUGAAUGUCAAGAGUGAGGUUGGUAUCGGGACUCAAGUCGACGUCUACAUUCCAGUGGAGCUUGUCAACAGCCCAGAAGCAAGCCCUGCAUCUUACCCAUCUCCUUUGAGAGUUGAACACAGCCCCGAAUCGCCGCUGCGGGCUUGUUUGGUUGCUUUCAAUGGGUAUCCGGAUUUGCAAGAAACGCCAACUGGAAUGUUGAGUCUGGAAUCGAAGCGAAAGUUGUCGAUCCAGAGUACACUUGCGGAUGUAUUCAUGUCUCACUUCGGUUGGUCUGUCUCGUUGGCAGAGACUCUCAGCAAGGGACAAGGAGAUAUUGCAGUCAUCGAAGAGGCGGUUCUGAGAAAGGAAGCAGAGGGUCUUGAAUCACUGGAUCAACUAGCAUCGAUGCAUGGAUUCAGGUUCUUCAUUGUAUUGGGAAGCAACGCAUCUUUCUUUGAAACCUUCCUCGCUCCCAAUUUCGUCUGGGUUUCGCAGCCAUUUGGGCCGCAGAAAAUUCAAACCGCUAUUCAAAAGAUCCUGGACUUAGGAAAACUGCAACCUGCGCCAGACACUACCCCGUCAAUAGCCCUCCGGCCCUUGCUUUUACGUUCCGAAGUCCAACCUUCCCCGGCGCGCGACAACCUAACCAUCCCAAUGCCUACCUCUCCAGUGCCACGUCGGAGUCUCUCACACUCCCAUGCCCUGCCGAUCCGCCCAUCUCACGAGCCGCAGGAUAUCCACGUUCUCCUCGUUGAUGACAACGACAUCAACCUCAAGAUCCUGGCCACAUUCAUGCGCAAAAUCGGCUGCAGCUACGAAACCGCUUCGAACGGCCUGAUCGCUCUGGAGAAAUACAAGGCUUCAGAACGGCGAUUCGACUUUGUCCUCAUGGAUAUCUCAAUGCCCGUCAUGGACGGCCUAGUUUCCACCAGCAAGAUCCGCCAGCAUGAGAAAGAAAACGGCCUCGAACCCUCUUGCAUCAUGGCCGUCACUGGUGUCGCCUCGGACGCUAUGCAACAACAAGCCCUCGCAGCAGGGAUUAACGACUAUCUGAUUAAGCCCCUUUCACUUCAAGAGUUGAAGAAGAUUAUGAGCAUUACGUGA